AUGAACAGGAUAGGAAACACUGAGCUGAUUUCCCCAUGUGGGUGCGACAGCACAUCGCUCCACGUCCACGAGACCUGCCUAGAGUCAUGGCUGAAGAGUAGCGGCAAGGUCCGCUGCGAAGCUUGUAAAACGGUGUACAGUAACCGCAAUAUCAAAGAACUACGAGCAGAAUUGAUGGUUCAGAGAGUGAACUUCUGCCUCAUCGCCAUCUUCAUGCCGAUCGGCGUCGUCGUCAUUGUCGGCGUCAUCACCGUACUCGAGAUCAUCAGACAAGAUAUAGAACAUGCCGCUGUGACCGGCGAGUCCCUGGACGGCUUCUACGGCAUUCCCCUCGAUCAGUUCGUCAUCAUUUGCGUCCUAUUCGGUGGACUGACGCUGUUCGCUAUCAUCAAGAGCAUCACAUUAUUGAGACAGAAACGACUGAAGACACUUGAUAGCUUGACCGUAACACAGGCAUGAUGAUGGUCUAUAUGCCAUCAUUAAGCAGUUUUCGAAGUUGCAAAGGGGACGGAUUCUGCAACAUAGUACAGCAAUUGAAAGUGCCCGUCAAAGCACCAUGAACAACUAAGAUGUCUUUGUCGAAAACUGGUGAAUGUGAGCAGCCGAUCGUCGUAAAAUUCUGAGCCGACUAAGUCGUUUGUCCAGACUGCGUCACUGACAACAACGUUGUUUUGAUUCACUGACUUUAAACAAAUACUUCUUUGUCAUGUAGGGCUUUUGACAAUAGAUUCUCUACGUUCCAGAAAGCGUCUACGUAGUGGUUGCGAAAAUUUCCCAUUUAUAACGCCCUAUUAGAAUACUAGUAUAGCUCAACAAAAUGGUCUUUGCCUGUCUGAUCCAGUGUAUUUUGGAACCAGAUAUGAAUAACAUAAUAUGUUGCGUUUGAUGAGCUGAAAGGGGGGGGGGGGGGGUAUGAUGUCACUUUUCAGUCGGUUUUCCCCAACCGGCUACGCUGGCGCCGCCCAAAAUAUACUAGUAAUUUGCAAGCCGUCAUCAAUUUAAAAGAGACCUACUAUAUUCUUGACUAUGUCGUAUUUGCAGUAUUUAAGUCCCCAAAAGUAUUUACUAUAUUAUUUAAACAAUUGUGCUUUAUCAUACUUAAUGGUUUUAUGAUCUGUACUGAAUAAAUUAUCAUUUAGUUAAUUUUUCGUAUGAAUUUGGAUUUUAAUAUAUGCCUAUCAUAUAAUUUCAUUGUAAACUCUUGUCUUCCAAGGGUAUUGAAAAUAAUGUAUUAAAACAACUCGUGUAUAUAAGUAUUCAUGAAAUAUUCAUUACUUGUGAAGUAUUGGAAAGGUGUUAUGCUACAUUAUUGUUUUUAUUUGAGAAAUAAAGUCUUCCAAUUUUUAAUGUGAUGUCCCCUUUGGAAAUGAGCAUUGAAUACAUCUCAAACAUUUAUGUGUUUCCGGAAAUAUAAAAUGGUCACGUUGAUGAAUAAAAUUAUCUUUAAUUGCUCAACUGUAUGUCCGAUCCGGAAGAAUUGUGUUCCAUUACUAUUUGUCUGUAGUUGAUAACAAUGUAUUUACCGUGUUUAUUGCAUGUCUGAUGUCCUUACAUUAGCCCCUCAAUGUGACGUGUAUGUUUUGUUUAUGUACCAUUAAAUUCAAGUUAUAUUGAGACAUCCCACUUGAUAGAAACAGUUUUGGGUGAGUAUUCGUAACUUAAUAACUUAGGAUUCGCUCAAUAACUCACAGAUCCACUUAAAUCAACACAAAAUUAUUUUGAGGGUACAAUUUGGAUUUGAUGUAAAAUAAUGUAAAGGAUUAUUAUUCAUGUCGAUAGUAUUUUUUAUCAUUUACUGGUGAAUUCACUGUUUUUUUUUUUGAUGUGGAGGGGGAUUUAAUUCAGAUUCUGGACCCAUUUUCUAAAAAAUGAGACUUCAUUAUCAUCACCAUUCUCAAAUUUGGUGCAGGACAAAAAUGAUGUUAUCUCCCAAUAGGUUGCCUUCCCAUGUAUUCUACAAGAUCGUAGCUCGUCCGUCUGAUAACGCCAUCAGUAUGAUCAAAGGCGCUGUCUGUCAGAUGUAAAGUACUUGUAAAAGAAAAGAGAAGAGGCCAGGAUCCGAAUAAGCUCCUCCUUGAUCAUACCCCUUUCAUAAACCCAUCCUCCAAUUAGCCGCCUAAGAGUAAUGCGGAUAAUUCAAUAAAAAUUGCGUUCACAAACUCCGAAAAUAAUCCGCACUAUUUUUACGAGCGCCCGUCCUGAAAAAGGCGGAUAAUCGUCAUGACAACUGCACACGCCCCCUCCGAUGCGGUUGUGUUGGAAAAGGGUGACCUUGUGACCGCACCAUGGCAAUUAUCCGCAUUAUUUGGAAAUGCGUUCAUAAAGUCAAAAUCUGGUCCUGAUGCCGCUAUUAUGCGGAUAAUAGCAGCAUCAAAAUAAUGCGGAUAACUCUGGUCCUCCGAUUUUACGACCAAAUUAUGCUGCUAUUAGCCGCAUAAUUGGGUUUAUGAAAGGGGUAUGACAACAGAUGAUAUACAAAGUGCUCUUAUUAUUAUUAUCUUAUGUAUUAUAUUAUGCAAUAGAGAAUGUGGUGAUUCCAGUUACUUGUAAAUUAUUUAACAAUGUAACAACUACUAGUAGUUAACAACUCUAGCAAUAUGCAAUAUAUUAAACUUUGACUUGGAGAAGAGAA